ACCUCUAUUUCUCACACAAAAAUCAGACUUUCAAGCAAAAAUUUAAAAUUUCAUAAGCAUGGGAGCGAACAUACCCAACAAUGAUUACGAUUAUUUAUUUAAAGUGGUGAUGUCAGGAGAUUUCGGUGUGGGAAAAUCAAAUAUUUUGUCUCGUAUAACAAGAAAUGAGUUCGAUGUUGAGUCAAAGUCGACCAUUGGUGUUGAAUUUACGACCCGAACCUAUCACAUCGAUAAUAAGAUCAUUAAAGCUCAAAUUUGGGACACCGCCGGUAGUCAAGAAAAAUAUGCGUUUGCAAGACUUUAUUAUAGAGAAGCAAAAGGGGUUCUACUAGUGUAUGAUAUUACGAAUCACUCAACGUUCGAGAACGUGGAACUUUGGCUCAAAAAGAUACGUGAGUCCACUGAUGCCAACAAUGUUGUAAUCAUGCUCGUAGGAAACAAGUCUGAUCUUGAAGAUAGCCGACAAGUAUCAAUAGAAGAGGGAAAAUCGUUCGCGGAGAGAGAGCAACUUUUGUUUAUUGAGACAUCGGCUCUUGAUGCUACAAACAUUGAACAAGGUUUUACGAAUUUCCUGAACCAUAUCUACAAUAAUGUCACGAGCCCGUGAUAAUUUCAUCGUUUGGUUUUAAUCUAUGUGUCAAAAUCUUAAACAACAUAUAAAAUGAAAGAGAAAAAGUAUUAAUUAUUAUAUCUAUAUCAGUUU